AUGACUCCCGUUGUCGUUGAGAGACCCGAGGACCCGAGUCCACCGAACCCGGUUUCCAAGAUUUCGCGAGCAAGUCUAAGUGAAGUCGAGAAGCAAGAUUGCGAAAAUACUUCAGCAACGCCCAAGACUAGCUCUCUCAUUCGAGGUUUAGGAUGGGUAGACCGACUCCUGGCGCUAUGGAUCUUCCUCGCCAUGGCGAUCGGUAUCAUCCUGGGGAACUUUGUCCCGUCAACAGGGCCAACACUACAAAAGGGAAAGUUUGCCGAUGUUUCGGUUCCGAUCGCCGUCGGACUCCUCGUCAUGAUGUACCCCAUCUUGUGCAAAGUGAGGUACGAGAUGCUCCCAAAGCUUCUCUCCCACCGCGACAUGUGGAAGCAAAUCCUGGUGAGCGUUGUGCUCAACUGGAUCGUUGCUCCCUUCUUGAUGGUUCUCAUCUGGAACAGCCUCGCGGCCGGCGACAGCGAAUACUGCGCCAUCCUCGUCGCCAUCAACUCCAUCUUGCAAAUGGUCUUGUUCGCGCCCCUCGCCGUCUUGUUCAUCCGCGUCAUCGGUGGCGAAACCGGCGACCUCGACGUUUCCUACGAAGUCGUCGCCCGCAGCGUGGGCAUCUUCCUCGGCAUCCCCCUCGGCGCCGCCAUCAUCACCCGCUUCGCGCUGCAAGCUCUAGCGGGCCCCGCGUGGUACGAAAGGGUGUUUCUGCGCGUCGCGGCGCCCUGGUCCCUCGUCGGCCUCCUCUACACCAUCAUCGUGCUAUUCGCCUCGCAGGGGAGCCAGGUCGUGCACCAAAUCGUCUCCGUGGUGCGCGUCGCCGCCCCGCUCGUCGUGUACUUCAUCGCCAUCUUCUUCGUCACGCUGUACGGCGCGCGGAGGCUCGGUUUCAGUUAUCCGCUCUGCGUCACGCAGAGCUUCACGGCCGCCAGCAAUAACUUUGAGCUCGCUAUUGCGGUGGCGGUGGCGACGUACGGACCUCAGAGCGAUCAGGCGUUGGCGGCUACCGUGGGGCCGCUGAUCGAGGUGCCGGUGCUGCUGGGGUUGGUCUACGUUACGCGGUUGGUCGCGAAGCGGUGGGCGUGGAGGAGUAGCGGCGGCAUUAAACAAGGCGGCUUCAUCGACAUUUGCAAAAAUACGGGCUUUCCGUGA